AUGGCGUCCAGGGAUUAUGGUACCUACAGCCAAGCUGCAGCGCAGCAGGGUGCUUACACUGCCCAGCCCACUCAAGGACACGCACAGACCACCCAGGCAUAUGGGCGGCCAAGCUAUGGAACCUACGGCCAGCCUGCUGAUGUCACCUAUCCCCAGGCUCAGACCCCUGCAACUUACAGGCAGCCUCCCACUGGUUAUACUACUCCAACUGCCCCCCAGGCAUACAGCCCACCUGUCCAGGGGUAUGGCACUGGUGUUUAUGAUACCACCAUUGCCACAGUCACCACCACCCAGGCCUCCUACACAGCUCAGUCUGCAUCUGGCACUCAGCCUGCUUAUCCAGCCUGUGCUGCAGCACCUACAAGACCACAGGACGGUAACAAGCCCACUGAGACUAGUCAACCUCAAUCUAGCACAGGAGGUUACAACCAGCCCAGCCUAGGAUGUGGACAGAGUAACUACAGUUAUCCCCAGGUACCUGGGAGCUACCCCAUGCAGCCAGUCACCGCACCUCCAUCCUACCCUCCUACCAGCUAUUAUUCCUCUACACAGCCGACUAGUUAUGAUCAAAGCAGUUACUCUCAGCAGAACACCUAUGGGCAACCGAGCAGCUAUGGACAGCAGAGUAGCUAUGGUCAACAAAGCAGCUAUGGGCAGCAGCCUCCCACUAGUUACCCACCCCAAACUGGUCAGGCUCCAAGUCAAUAUAGCCAACAGAGCAGCAGCUACCGGCAGCAGAGUUCAUUCCGACAGGACCACUCCAGUAGCAUGGGUGUUUAUGGGCAGGAGUCCGGAGGAUUUUCCGGACCAGCAGAGAACCGGAGCAUGAGUGGCCCUGAUCACCGGGGCAGGGGAAGAUGGGGAUUUGAUCGUGGAGGCAUGAGCAGAGGUGGGCAGGGAGGAGGGCGCGGUGGAAUGAGCAGCGCUGGAGAGCGAGGUGGCUUCAGUAAGCCUGGUGGACCCAUGGAUGAAGGAGCAGAUCUUGAUCUAGGCCCACCUAUAGAUCCAGAUGAAGAUUCUGACAACAGUGCAAUUUAUGGACAAGGAUUAAAUGAUAAUGUGACUCUAGAUGAUCUGGCAGACUUCUUUAAGCAGUGUGGGGUUGUUAAGAUGAACGAGAGAACUGGGCAACCUGUGAUCCACAUCUACCUGGACAAGGAAUCAGGAAAGCCCAAAGGCAAUGCCACAGUGCCCUAUGGAGACCCACCUACGACCAAGGCUGCCGUGGAGUGGUUUGACAGUAAAGACUUUCAAGGAAGCAAACUUAAAGUGUCUCUCGCUCGGAAGAAGCCUCCAAUGAACAGUAUGCGGGGUGGUAUGCCACUCUGUGACGGCAGAGGGAUGCCACCAGCACUCCUUGGAGGUCCAGGAGGCCCAGGAGGUCCUGGGGGACCCAUGGGUCACAUGGGAGGCCGUGGAGGAGAUGGAGGAGGCUUCCCUCCCAGAGGACCCCGGGGUUCCCGAGGGAACCCCUCCGGAGGAGGAAACUGGCAGUGUCCCAAUCCGGGUUGUGGAAACCAGAACUUCGCCUGGAGAACAGAGUGCAACCAGUGUAAGGCCCCAAAGCCCGAAGGCUUCCUCCCGCCGCCCUUCCCACCCCCGGGUGGUGAUCGUGGCAGAGGUGGCCCUGGUGGCAUGCGGGGAGGAAGAGGUGGCCUCAUGGAUCAUGGUGGUCCCGGUGGAAUGUUCAGAGGUGGCCGUGGUGGAGACAGAGAUGGCUUCCGUGGUGGCCGGGGCAUGGACCGAGGUGGCUUUGGUGGAGGAAGACGAGGUGGCCCUGGGGGGCCCCCUGGACCUUUGAUGGAACAGAUGGGAGGAAGAAGAGGAGGACGUGGAGAACUUGGAAAAACGGAUACAGGCGAGCACCGUCAGGAGCGCAGAGAUCAGCCCUGUUAG